CACGUGAGAAGGUGCGGCAAGAAAUCGUCCCCUUUUCUAUCUCUCUUCAGUCUUUAUAUCUUUUCUCUGUCAGUGAUGCCAAAUAUCAAAGUAUUUUCAGGAAACAGCAAUCCAGAACUAGCUGUCCGUAUAGCUGCCCGUCUGGGCUUAGAACUGAGCAAAGUUACACUCAAGAAAUUCUCUAACAAAGAAACAAGUGUUGAAAUUGGUGAGAGUGUUCGUGGUGAAGAUGUCUACAUUGUCCAAAGCGGCUCUGGUGAAGUUAAUGACAUGUUGAUGGAGCUACUGAUCAUGAUCAAUGCUUGUAAGAUAGCAUCGGCUGUACGUGUGACUGCUGUCAUACCCUGCUAUCCUUAUGCUAGACAGGACAAGAAAGAUAAGAGUCGUGCUCCUAUCUCUGCUAAACUUGUUGCCAACAUGCUCUCAGUCGCAGGAGCCGAUCACAUCAUCACAAUGGACUUGCAUGCCUCACAGAUUCAAGGAUUUUUUGAUAUUCCUGUUGAUAAUCUUUACGCCGAGCCUGAAGUCCUCAAGUGGAUACGAGAGAAUAUUGAAGACUGGAAGGAGUCGGUUAUUGUAUCACCAGAUGCUGGAGGAGCUAAGAGAGUUACUGCUAUUGCUGAUAGAUUAGAAGCAAGAUUUGCUCUUAUCCAUAAAGAAAGAAAGAUAGCUAAUGAAAUAGCUGGGAUGGUUUUGGUGGGUGAUGUGAAGGACAGGACAGCAAUACUUGUUGAUGACAUGGCAGACACAUGUGGUACACUUAUAACGGCAUCUAAACGGUUGAAAGAAGCUGGUGCAAAAAGGGUUUAUGCUAUUAUAACUCAUGGUAUACUAUCGGGGCCAGCGAUUGAGAGGAUUCAAGAGUCAGACCUUGAGUGUGUGGUAUCCAGUAAUACGAUACCACUGCAAGAAAAGAUGGAAUUGUGUUCUAAAAUUAAAGAGAUUGAUGUUAGUAAUAUACUGGGUGAAGCCAUCAGACGUACACACAAUUGUGAAUCUGUCUCGUACCUUUUCUCUCAUGUUCCUCUUUAACAUCAGCCCCCAUCAUUCACUAUACAAAUACUCUUAUAUUGAUGUACUUAUAUUUUAUAGACAUUUCGUGUUGAUUGACUGACAUUGUUCUAUUAUUACUGUUUUUUUCU